GAUUGGAUGGCUGAUCCAUUUGAUAUCAAGGAAAAUGUCUGUUUCAACGAGACGGAAGUGUGCUCUUUUCGUAUCAUUAACGGUUCGAUACUAACGGUGAUCGGUAUUCUUGGUUUCUCAAUGUCCAGCACAGUGCUCUAUCUCUUAGUUUUCAAUGUCAUAAGACUUCCAGGCAAUAAGAACAUAUUUAUAAUAAACGUGUCCAUGUUUGAUGCGAUGUUAGCUAUAAUUGGUACAAUCAGAGGAUUGGGUAUCAUAUCUAAAUCAGUUCUUGGAGUCGGAGAUGACUUGGAGGCCUCGUCCUGGUGUCGCAUCUUCACUAUCAUAGCUGCGCCGUUAUGGGAAAGUUUAAUAAUCUCGCUUCUCCCGCUCACUCUGGACCGCUUUGUGGCGAUAGUCUUCCCCACAAGAUACAAGAGGUUAAUGACAGAUCGAUCAAGCCUUGCUCUGGUUGUUGCUUCCUGGGUGCCACUGAUCAUUUUAAAUCUUCACGAUAUCCUUUCCUUCAGAUUAGGAAAAUUACAGAUUGACUAUUUCCACCCCUACAACCGCUGCGCGUACUACAACCCCUGGAAACAACAGCAAUCCCUCUUUCUGGGCCUGCCCUUCCUUCUUAUCUUAGUGAUGUAUAUCAUCAUGGUAACUGUUAUCAUCAAGAACAAAAUCAAAGCUACCAAACUAAUCCUCACCACCUCUGUCAUCAUUGUAACUAGUCUCCUUACCACCCAACCCUUCUUGUUGAUGUCAAGUUUUGGAGUUCAGAUGUCGUAUGAAACUUCUCAGAUACUCACUGUAACUUGUUAUUAUUUGAAUGGUAUUGUCAAUCCAAUAAUUUACUUGUGCUGUAAUACGAGAGUUCAGAAACAGUUUGUUGCUAAAGCUUCAAGGCACAGAUCAGAGGAGUCCAGUGGCAAUGUUAUGAGCUUCAGUUUGUCUUUUAAAAACAAGACAAACAGUUGAAUUGAGUUGUUACAAUAGAAUUGUCACUUAUAAGUUAGGUCGUAUUGUUCUAUCAUUUUUAUUAGGUUCUAAAUUCUUUGCUUCUUGGAUCGCAUCAGUUGUGGGCACGUUUUAAUUCUAGCUCAUUUCGAGAUCGAAUGUCAAAUGAUUAUUAUAUUCGUACGCUAGCAGAAGAGUUAUUCCAUGCCAUGGUUAAGUU